AUGGUCACUGAUGAAAAUGGAAGAAGACUCAUUACUGGUUAUGCGCCAAAGUUGGGAUUGACCUAUGCAGGUAUAGUCUGCUAUGGCUUGUUAGCAAUAGCAUUCUGGGCUCGAUUCUUCGCUCACGGAAAACAGAAGUACAUGUUGACAUUAUGUAUUGGUACGACCACUAUGGCGAUUGGGUUCGGGAUCAGGAUAGCCAUGACGAGUGAACCCGAUCGACUGGGUCCUUACAUUGGUACUACCUUGUUCACGCUACUCUCACCAUGUACAUUCCUCGCCCACGACUAUAUCAUCUUACCUCGACUUGCUAAAUGGCUAGACGCCGAAGAUGAAUUCCCAAAUGGAGUUAAUGCAAAAAAUGGUCUAUACGCUGCUCUGGCCGGUCUGGUCCUUCAAUGCUUGUCCUUUAUACUGUUCAUGUGUCUCGCAGCUGCCUUUUGGCGCAGGCUUCGACGAUCCCCUAAAUGGACCAACACGCCCCAGAACUCACAGGGUUAUGUUGUCCAUCUCCGCCGAUUGGAAGAUUGGCGAAUGAUUCUGUACGCUGUGUUAUGGUCCGGUAUCGGUAUCAUGAUUCGAUGUAUUUUCCGAGUCAUCGAGUACGCCCAAGGUUUCGAAGGUACAUUAAGAACUACCGAAUGGGUAUUUUACGUCUUCGAUGCUUUACCUCUCUUCUUGGCUAUCGCCGUUUGGGUGUUCGUCUGGCCACCUGCCAUCAUGAGGGAUCAAAAUGCCUAUUUCGCAACUGUGCAGACGACUUCUUCACCUUCCCAAUACCCGUUGACCGUCAGAGAAAAUCCUCAGUGGAACAACGACGAAGGUAAACACGUUCAUGGACAGUAUGCUUAG